AUGUUCGUCGCUGAGCGCACAGCGGGGCAAAUUCCUGCGCCGGGGCCAAUUGCACACGCGCUCUCCCGCCACUUGCACCCCUGCGUUUAUGCGAGUGUCGCCAAGCCGCCGACAUGCAAUGAGAGAGGUCGUUCCGAUACAUGGAUUUAUGCACCCGCAUCACAGGAUUUUGGGACAGCUUGGGCGUGCACGGGACGCAGCCUUCCCCCGGCACUCUGGGACCAAUUUCCGCCCUACAUUAAGGCUUCCAGCAAAAAUGUUCCGCCUCCUAACAGUAUCGCUAGUGAGGCCAUUAUCUAG